AUGUAUCUACAAGUUGUUAAAGCUAUGGUCCUGGUUCAGAUGCUAUCAGGCUUAAACAAGAGGACACUCAUUUCAAGCGCAAACUCUUUAAGAACGUAUUCUUCAAAAUCUAUUAUUCCGUUAAGGGACCACUAUGAAUCACUUAAUGCAAAAAAUUUAAAAUCAAAUCUAAAUUUCUAUAGUUACGAUCCUAAGAAAGUCAAGUACGAUUCAAAUUUUUUCACAAACCAAUACGGUAAUGAAAAUCUGCAUUUAUUUGAGAAUUUAAAUAGUUUUAAUCCAACCUUAAUUAAUGCCAUUGCAAGAUAUUUUAUAAUCAAUUACAAAUUAAAUUACUACCCUUAUUAUGAUCUAAAUUUGAUUAAUGUCUAUACGGAUUUGGAGCAAUCUUUGCAUCUGAUAACAAAUUUAAUUGAGUUCUAUAGACGAAUAUUAUCCCCAGAUAUGUUUACAAAAAUUAAAAUUUAUUUGUUACCAUUACAUCAGUAUGAUAAGGGAAAUAUUAAAACUUUGGAAACGUUAUUAAGAAUUAAAAAAACAUUGCCAAAAAAUAUAGUUGUACUAGACGGUUUGCCAAUUUUUGCGGAUAAUAAAGACGGUGAUGCCAUAAACCCAGCUAUACAGGAACUCAUCAUCGAGAAUGACCCAAUUUACAUCCUAUUAUUCAAUGACAUUAUAAAAUAUUUGGCACAUGAUACAGUUACAUAUUCAAAGUCUGAAGGGAAAUGGAAACAAUUGUACGUCGAUGUUGAUUCACUAAAAACAAAAGAUGAAAAGAUUUUUUUCGAAGGAGAAGUAGAUUACUGGUGUGAACAAGCUAUACAGUAUUACUUUGCAGGUAAUGUUAAAAAUGCAACUCCAAAUCAAAUUUAUAAUAUUCCUACAAGAUUGAUUCAAUUGUUCAAAUUGAUAAAUCGAAAUUUCCCAGAACAUAAAUUUUUUGCAAUCGACAAUCCUGUUCGAAUUAAGAAAUCUUUCCUAGAGAUUGUACGAGACUUCAUAAUACCCUUUGGUAAGCAGCACACUGCAUAUAAUGGGAGCAGACUGUUUGUUAAUAAUGAAAAGACUAUUUCCUACAACAAUAACUUCCAGGUGCUACAAAGGAUAUAUAAUAAGAUUAAUGAGCCAACACAGUUUAUCACAGUUGAAGAACUGAGUGUAUUUAUUGAUCAAUAUUCUAACGUUAAAGAAGAUGGUCAAAACUAUAAAGAAUUAGAAAAAAUCAUAACUUUUAUGAGAUGCAGCACCUUGGCUACAUUGUAUUCAAGUCAAAUAUAG